AGGCUCCGAUUGCACAAGAACAGGGAACUGAUCUGUAGGUCACUCCGCUCCCGGUCAGAGAUAUUUGGAGAAAUCAACAGUUCUGGAAAGUAAAGAGGCAGGAAGUGAAACCGGGGAGGGAGGAUGGAGAGGAGACAGCAGCCAGUAUCCUGGCCCUCCACAACUGCUCCCUGCUCCCCUUUCAACACUGUGCAAUGAAGGGCACGCACACGCGCACACACACACACACACACUCAUUAGUGUGCAUGUGUACAUACAAGGAGACCUCCCGUCGGUCUCCCUUCUCUGGUUGUGAGACCAGAAACAUGUCUUCCGCCCCCACUACUCACUGCCUGAAUUCCAACUGUGUUUCUAUUUCUAUUUACUGUCCAAAGUCCCAGGAGUAGGAGGUGACUGGUUGGAAGGACAUUCAGGCACAGGGACCCAGGCUCUUGCCUAGAUUGGGCCCUUCCUCCCCUCGCCUAGCUCCACUGGCACCACUCAUCCUGUUCUCCUGGGUUUAACCCUUCUUUCUCCUUGGGCUCGGGCUGCCUCCGGAAGCCAGAGUCAGCUCUCCAUCCCUUUAACAGUCCUUAGGGCCCAUCAUGGAGAAGGACUUUCAAGACAUCCAGCAGCUGGACUCUGAGGAAAACGACUAUCAGCUCAGCGGUGAUGAGGAACAAGGCACUCAUGUGCAGAAUCCUGGAAUAGAAAACCCACAGUGGAAAGGGCAGCCUCCUUCCAGACCCUUUCCACAGCGCCUCUGCUCCACGUUCCACCUCAGUCUGCUAGCCCUGGCCUUCAACAUCCUCCUGUUGGUGGUCAUCUGUGUGGUUUCAUCCCAAAGCAUGCAGCUGCAAGAGGAGUUUCGGACCCUGAAAGAAACCUUCAGCAACUUCUCCUCCAGCACCCUGAUGGAGUUCAGGGCUCUGGACGCCUACAGUGGCAGAAAUGACAAGUUGACUUCCUGGAGAGCCAGACUGGAGCAAAAGCAGCAGGACGUAAAAGCAGACCAUUCCACCUUGCUCUUUCACCUGAAGCACUUCCCCAGGGAUCUGCGGACCCUGACCUGUCAGCUGGUCUUCUUCCAGAGCAACGGCACGGAAUGCUGCCCCAUUAACUGGGUGGAGUUUGGGGGAAGCUGCUACUGGUUUUCUUGGGAAGGGCUCACCUGGGCUGAGGCUGACCAGUACUGUAAGCUGGAGAAUGCCCACCUGCUGGUCAUCAACUCCAGGGAAGAGCAGGACUUUGUUGUAAAGCACAGGGGCUCAUUUCAUAUUUGGAUAGGUCUGACCGACAGGGAUGGCUCCUGGAAAUGGGUGGAUGGAACUGAGUAUAGAAGCAACUACAAGAACUGGGCUAUCACUCAGCCAGAUAACUGGCAGGGCCAUGAAGAGGGUGGAAGUGAAGACUGUGCUGAAAUCCUGUUAGAUGGCCAUUGGAAUGACAACUUCUGCCAGCAGGUGAACCGCUGGGCAUGUGAAAAGAGACGGAACAUCAGCCACUAGGAGUCCGCCCUACCAUGUCUCCGCCCCACCCCCACCUGGCAUCACCCCAAAGUCUUCACUGGGGAUAUUGCAGCAAGGAAGAGAGACAGAGUCCCAAGCAUGAUGAGGGGCUAUGGGACAAUGGAAACUGGAUGGCUCUAUGGUCUCAUACCUUGGAAAGACUGAGAUUUUACCCCUCUCCACAAUUUAUUACAAUUGUUAUAAAUUUCAGUCUUCCGAAUGGAGUAGGAAAAAAAAAGAAAUACUUGAAACUCAUGAAGCCUGUUUGGAGCUGGUGCAAAAAGAGGGAGGUGGGAGAGUCUGGAGGAGGCAAGGUAUGAGGCCUGGAACAUUCCUUGACACACUGAUGUAUCGUGGCAGGAAGCAGGAACCUCACUGGCUAGCAUCUAGAGGGACUGGGGCUGCUGGCUGCAAUCUCAGAGAAUCAUGGGAGGGGUGUAUUCUCUAAAUUCAAGGUCUUUCCAGCCUGAGUUUUCAGGGAAUGCCCUCACUCACUUUAAUCCAAGCCCCUGGAGGAGGAAGACACACACACACACACA